AUGGCGUCGUCCAAAACCCCAGCAACCAUCCUCGUCGUCGGCGCAACAGGCCAGCAGGGCGGCGCCGUAAUCACGGCUCUCUUGGGAGACCGCAACCCGUCCACCCCGGAGCCGCGCGUGCUGGCCCUGACACGCAACACCCAGUCCGCCAAGGCCCAGCAGCUGACCCGCACGCACCCGGCCGUCGAGCUCAUUCAGGGCGACAUGAACAAGCCGGAGCAGGUGUUUUCCGCUGCUGCCGCCGCCGCCGCGGCCAUCACAGCCGUCUUCGUCGUCACCACGCCCAACCACGGCCGCGGUCCCGGCGAGGACGAGGUGGCCAUCCCUUUUAUCGACGCGGCCGUGGCGCACGGCGUGGGGCGCGUCGUUUUCAGCUCGGUCGACCGUGGCGGCGACGACAAGAGCUGGACCAACGCGACCGACGUGCCGCACUUUCGGCAAAAGCACCUCGUCGAGCUGCACCUGCGCGAAAAGCUGGCGGCGGGAGGUGAAGAGUCGCAGUCGCAGUCGCAGUCGCAGCAGCAGCAGCAGUUCAGCUACACGAUCGUCCGCCCCGUCGCCUUCAUGGACAACAUGAACCCCGGCAUCGCCUGCUCCGUCAUGACGGCGGCGUGGGCGGCGGCCCUCUCGCCGGGCAGGAAGCUGCAGCUCGUGAGCGUGCGCGACGUCGGGAGGGUGGCGGCGCGGGCGCUGCUGGCCGACUACGACGACGGCGACCGGGGGCGCAGGUACAAGAAUGCGGCCAUCGGGGUGGCGGGUGACGAGCUGUCCCUGGAGCAGGUCAAGGAAGUGUUUGCCCGCGUGACGGGCAAGAGUCUGCCGCAGGCCUGGUGGCCCGUGGGUGGAGUGCUGCUGUGGGCUCUCGGGGAGCUUGGCAGCAUGUUCGGCUUCUUCGAGCGCGAGGGAUAUGGUGUCGAGCUUGACAAGAUGAGACUGGACGAGGCGGGGGCCAUGUUGGACUUUGAGACUUGGCUCAAGGAGGAGAGUGGAUGGAUGAAGACUUGA